AUGGCUUUACUAGUAGAAGACUCGACACGUUCGUUCAAAGAAACAUUUUACGAAAAGCUUUUGGAAGAUGAUGAGCGACAUCAAGGAUCUACAAGAAAGUCUUGGACGCGGCAAAGAAUUAAUGACGUAAUCAACAAUGUGAAGAAUGCUAGGGUGACCAUGCUUACACGGGGAAAUAAAACGUCCAUGAACUAUUACUGGUUGGCCAAAUAUGACAUAAUGACGACAGGUGGUGAAGAAUAUUUAACCUUCAAAAGAAAAGCGGCAGAAGAACCAAUUAUUCAAAUUGUUGCCCGUGAAGACUAUUUUGACAUCCUGCUGAGUGCUCAUAAGAGCUGUGGUCACGGAGGGCGAGAUAAAAUAGUAUACUCCCUGAAAUCAAAAUUUUAUAUACCCGUAAGAGCAAUUCAAUUGUUCUUAGCUCUGUGCCCUACGUGUGAUGCAAAAAGACACGCUCCCAGAAAAAGUACAGUUACGCGACCAAUCGUGUCACAAGACUUCAAUAUAAGAGGACAAGUCGAUUUGAUUGACUUUCAAUCGUGCUCCGAUGGUGACUUCAAGUGGUUAUUAAAUUAUCAGGAUGAUGCCACCAAAUUUGUAAGUCUUCGCCCCCUGAAAUCUAAACGCGGAUCAGAAGUUGCCAUGGAGCUCAUGAAAAUAUUUAUGACAUUUGGGGCGCCCUACAUUUUACAAUCAGACAAUGGAUGUGAGUUUACAGAAAACAUCAUAGAAGAACUGACUGCAAUGUGGCCUGAAUUCAAAAUUAUACACGAGAGCCCAAGAAGACCUCAAACGCAAGGGAGUGUAGAGAGAAGUAACCGGGAUGUGGAAAACAUGCUGCGAAUGUGGAUGAAAGAUAAUAAAUCAACUAAUUGGUCAGUCGGGUGCUAUUAUGUUCAAUACCAAAAAAAUUCAUCAUUCCAUCGGAUAAUUGGCCGCUCACCAUAUAAAGCCUUAUUUGGUAAUGAUCCAGACCAGAAAAUUCUUUCAGACCAAGUUAGUGAUUCUAAUGACUACGCGGCUACAACCCUUACAAUUCAAAGUGACGAGAUCAUGAACGAACAAAUUCCAAAGGUUAAAACAGAAGAAGACCAGCUUGAAGCUGUACAAGUCUCAAUUAAUGAAUCAGAAGCCCAGCUUGUGGAAGUACCGGUCUUAAAAAAGGAACCAGAAGAAACCCACCUUAUGGACGUACAGGUUUUAAUAAAUAAACCAGAAGAAACCCACCUUGUCAGGAACCAAGCGCAUAUUGGCAUAAAGCGUGCGGCAGAAAUAAUGAUAGACAAUACUGCCAAAAAAUUUAAACCACUGAAUCUUGGUAGUAGCGUUCUUAUCAACGUGCCUAAAGUGGAUCGAGGCCCCCUGGACACCAAAAUUAUAAGAGGAAGGGUUGUAGAUUUCCGCAAUGGUGUUUAUAGAGUAGAGACGAAAACUGGAACUAUAAAAAACUGGUUUCCGAGGCAUGAAUUGCAAGAGCCGGUGGAUGAUUACCAUGAUGAUUUAUUGGAUGUCCCAAUUUCAUUAAGAGAAGCUGUUAGGAAUGAGUCCAUAUUUGGAGGACAGGGCUUCCAAAAGUGCACCUGCAAGCCGGCACCGAAGCAAUGCUUCACAAACAGAUGUGCAUGUUAUAAAAAUAAAGUGCUUUGCGGCUCUAAGUGCCACUCCAGUUUAUCUUGCAUCAAUAAAUAA